AUGCCAACCAGACAAGUAGAUCCAGUGAUAGCAGUGGUGGAGUGGAGUCUACACCCAGCUGUUCAACAGCUGCAGAUGAGACAUUUGUGCUUGAACCAGAGCAGAGGCAAAAGUAGUUUUGAGUGGCGUCCAGGAGGAUCGGAGGAGGGUGCGGCAGAGAGCGGCCAGUGGGUUCAGUGGUGGAGGACAGACGAGGAGCGGGACCACAAUCAGCCGAAUAAUCCGGAAGAGGCUUUGAGAUCCGGCCGAAGGAACGGGAACGGGGCUCGGGCAGCCUGGGGGGGAGGUGGUGUCUCGAGUUCGGACAUCACCGAAGAGGAGUAUGUUCCCGAUUCAGAGGACUCUGAGAGCGACAGUAUAAACGACAGUCCUGUGGAAACCAAAGGAAAGAUCCCAUGGACUCAGCAGGAGAAAAUGGCUGUUCAGCAAUUUAUGACCAGCUUUGUGGCGAUGCGGAAAGUGCCAGGAAAAAACGAAUGCAUCAUGUGCAUUGAGAAAUCAUCUCCUGCUCUUCAACGGAGGACAUGGAAGGAUUUGUUUUCCUUGGCCCUGCUUUUGGAAAUGGCCGCAUAG